UCUCACUCUCCAAUUUCGUUUCUAGUGAGAGAGAAAUAUUUUGAUGCUCUCAACAGCUAAAACCUUACCAACACCUGUCUCACUCUUGUUUAUUUUUUUUCUGUGGGUUCGGUUUGUUUUCUGAGUUAAACUUGUUUGUAUUCAUUAUCUUCACUUUCUCACACUCAGCUACAUAUCUGUGUCACUACCACCAUAGAGAUGAUAUAAAGAGCAAUACUCCACAAGGACCCACUUCUCCUCCUCUCUUCUUCUUUUCUCACUUGCUCUUGUUGUUGUUGGUAUUAUUAUUACUAUUACCAUUCUCUGUUCACUUCUUUCUUCUCCAAUCUCCAUACUCUUUCUUUUUUCUCCUUCAAGGAAUUCUGAUGUGGGAGAGAGGAGGCUCUCUCUCUUGUUCAAGAGAGCCUACCUGAUUUGAGAUUGAGAAAGACUUUGUUUUUGUUUUUCUUUCAAGCUUUUUUUCAUUCUACUUUCAGACAAUCUUGUGUGGGUUCUUUGAUAAAAGUCAUUUUCUAAUCUGGGUUUGGUCUUUAAUUAGUUAAUGGCACUUUCUAUGUAUAAUCAUCAUCAUCAUAAUAAUAAUAAUCAGAGAGAACCUUCAUCAACUUCAUUGAAACAACAACAGCAGCAGCAGCAACAAAUGGAUACAAGCAAAUAUGUUAGAUACACACCUGAACAGGUUGAAGCUUUGGAAAGGGUUUAUAUUGAGUGUCCAAAACCUAGUUCAUUGAGAAGACAGCAGCUUGUUAGAGAGUGUCCAAUACUCUCUAAUAUUGAGCCGAAACAGAUCAAGGUCUGGUUCCAGAAUAGAAGAUGUCGCGAAAAGCAAAGGACGGAAGCAUCUCGUCUCCAAACGGUGAACAGGAAGCUGACUGCAAUGAACAAGCUGUUGAUGGAGGAGAAUGAUCGGCUUCAGAAGCAGGUCUCCCAGUUUGUUUAUGAAAAUGGAUACAUGAAGACGCAGCUGACCAACGCUUCUGCGGUGACCACGGACACAAGCUGCGAGUCUGUGGUCACAAGUGGUCAACGCCAACAGCAGCAAAACCCAACAUUGCAUCCUCCCAGGGAUGCCAACAACCCAGCUGGUCUCCUCGCAAUUGCUGAGGAGACCCUGACACAGUUCCUCGCCAAGGCCACUGGAACUGCUGUCGACUGGGUCCAGAUGCUGGGGAUGAAGCCUGGUCCGGAUUCUAUUGGCAUUGUUGCUGUUUCCCACAAUUGCAGUGGUGUUGCAGCACGAGCCUGUGGUCUCGUAAGUUUAGAACCCAUGAAGGUCGCGGAGAUCCUCAAAGAUCGUCCAUCUUGGUUCCAUGAUUGCCGAAGCCUUGAGAUAUUGUCUGUACAACCUACAGGAAAUGGAGGAACCAUUGAGCUUAUAUACAUGCAGACUUAUGCACCUACAACAUUGGUGUCGGCACGUGACUAUUGGACAUUGAGAUAUACUACGGGGCUGGAAGAUGGUAGUCUAGUGAUCUGUGAGAGGUCACUUACGCCUUCCAAUGGUGGCUCGGGAGGGCCACCUGCUCCCAGUUUCGUGAGAGCUGAGAUGCUUUCCAGUGGCUACCUUAUCCGACCUUGUGAUGGUGGGGGCUCUAUGAUUCACAUUGUCGAUCAUGUCAACUUGGAUGCCUGGAGUGUGCCUGAGGUUCUUAGGCCACUAUAUGAGUCACCCAAAAUUCUUGCGCAGAAAAUGACCAUCGCGGCACUUCGAUAUAUAAGGCAAAUUUCUCAGGAGAUGAGUGGUGAAAUUCGUCACAGUGGAGGUCGUCAGCCUGCUGUUUUGCGGACAUUUAGUCAGAGAUUAUGCAGGGGAUUUAAUGAUGCCGUUAAUGGAUUUGCUGAUGAUGGUUGGUCGGUACUGGGAAGUGAUGGUGUGGAGGAUGUAACAAUUGCUAUUAAUUCUUCCUCGAGUAAACUUCCAUGUUCACAAGGAAACUCUUCUACCAUGCUCUCAAUAUUAGGGGGUGGAGUAGUUUGUGCCAAGGCGUCAAUGCUACUAAAGAAUGUGCCGCCUGCACUGCUCGUUCGUUUUCUGAGGGAGCACCGCUCAGAAUGGGCUGAUUACGGUGUUGAUGCUUAUGCGGCUGCAUCAAUGAAAUCUAGCCCCUAUUCUAUCCCUGGUGCAAGACCAAGCAAUUUCUCGAGCAACUUCCCCAGCAGCCAUGUCGUCAUACCACUUGCUCAUACCUUGGAAAAUGAGGAGGCCUUGGAAGUGGUUCGUCUUGAAAGCCGUGGGUUCUCCCAAGAUGGAGUUUUAUCACGGGAUAUGUAUUUAUUACAGCUUUGUAGCGGAGUUGAUGAGAACGCAGCUGGCUCCUGUGCUCAGCUUGUAUUUGCACCUAUCGAUGAAUCCUUUCCUGAUGAUGCUCCGUUGCUUCCAUCUGGUUUCCGUGUUAUACCUUUGGAACCUAAAACGGUUGGCUCAUCUCCAAAUUUAUUCUUACUCGUUUUCUUUUCUAGUUUAUCUUUAAUGCUUACAGAUGUCUGUUUGAUGUUUCAGGAUAGCCGUACAGCCUCCCGAACUCUUGAUUUGGCAUCCACAUUGGAGGCUGGAGCAGGUGGAUCACGUCCAUCUUCUGAUGACAAUAAUGAACUGAAGUCUGUGCUAACUAUCGCAUUCCAAUUUACAUACGAGAACCAUUCUCGAGACGAUGUUAUAGCAAUGGCUCGGCAGUAUGUACGCAGCAUUGUUGGAUCUGUACAGAGGGUUGCGAUGGCUAUUUCUCCAUCACGUUUAAACUCCACUCUAGGUCCGAAAACGUUAGCUGGGUCUCCGGAGGCUGUUACCCUUGCUAGAUGGAUUUCGCGCAGCUACAGGUUCCACACUGGAAUGGAGCUCCUUUUAAGUGACCCCCAAGCUAGUGGGGACUCCCUGUUAAAGUCACUAUGGCACCACAGUGAUGCGAUUAUGUGCUGUUCCAUGAAAUCAAAUGCUUCCCCAGUUUUCACUUUUGCUAAUCAGGCAGGACUUGACUUGCUAGAGACUACUCUUGUCGCCCUUCAAGAUAUAAUGCUUGACAAAGUUCUUGAUGAAACUGGUCGUAAGACAUUGUGCUCUGAAUUCUCCAAGAUCAUGCAUCAGGGUUACUCACAACUGCCAGCCGGAAUCUGUGUGUCGAGCAUGGGAAGACCAGUUUCUUAUGAUCAGGCUAUCGCUUGGAAGGUGUUGGACGAUGACGGCACAAAUCACUGCUUGGCUUUUAUGUUCAUGAACUGGUCUUUUGUCUGAAGGGGUGUCACUUCGUCGCUUUCAAUGGGUACCAAAGUUCAAAAAGAAAGAAAAAUGAAGACCGGAGUAAAACUUCUAAUAAUACUUCUUUCUGUUGUGUUCUACUUUGCUUCUAAGCUUCCAUAGACGUAUCACUACUGUUAUGUUUAGAAUAUUUGGAUCUUUGAAGUUAGUACUAUGUUCAUCACUCUUUUAUAAAGCAGUUCUGUGGAUUUAUAACUUUAUUUA